CCCCCCCCCCCCCGGGGCACCAGCGCCGAUCAGCACGAUGGCGGGAGAUCCGGCCGCCGGUGGCGGCGGCGGCGCCCACCCUGCGUCGGGGGGCAAGGGCUCCCGCUCGUCGACGCGGCACCGGCAGUUCCGCGACCGCGCGAAGAACCGCGUGGACGACCUCCAGGAGAUGUUCUCCGGCCUCCAGUCCGCGCGCAAGGAGAGCCGCUCCGCCGACGCCGCCGUCCUCGAGGAGCAGGUCCACCAGAUGCUCCGCGAGUGGCGCGCCGAGCUCAGCGUCCCCUCCCCCGCCUCCUCCCUCCAGAACUCGCAGGGGAACAACAGGGAGGCCUCGGAUCCGCCGUCCGAGACGCUGCGGCUGCUGCAGCUGGCGGUGGCCGAGGAGGAGGAUGACGCCACAAGCAUGCUCGCAGUGCCCCGAUCGCCGCAGCAGGCGCCGGCUUUUCAUCAGAACCAAGGGCAGGGGCACGGGCAGGAAGUCCAAAUGCCUAAUCUCAAUCAGCAGUGUGAAGUUGUGGCUGGGGGCGCUGCCCCCUCGCAGCAGUCGCUGGGUCAGGGAGUGCAGGAAGAUUGUGGAGAAGUAGCUGCCGUUGCUAAUGCAAUGUUCAAUGAGCAGAUGUACUAUAUAGACCAUGAACUCAGUAUUGACGAUUUUCUUCAAGAUGAUGAUUACAAAAUAAACCUUCCUGGUUCUAAUGAAGAUCACUUCAAUAACCUUCAUGGGAUCGGUCCGCUGGAACAUGAACAGUUCGAUUUGCCGUUAGAUGUACCACCGGAUUCAUAUAUUGAUGCAAAUAACUCUGAGCAAAAUACUGGAGAUGUCUUUGUCCAUAUGUCAGACUUGCUUACAACAAUAUGGCCAUCACCCUCUCAGUAUUUGGGGCCAAAAUGUGCACUUUGGGACUGUGGUAGGCCAGUUGGAGGGUCAGAAGACUCUGGAGAUUACUGCAACCCUUACCAUGCUGGUUUGGCUCUGAAUGAUGAUGGUCUUCUUGGGACAAGACCCGUGAUGCGUCCAAGAGGUAUUGAUUUGAAAGAUGGGCCUUUGUUUUCUGCUCUUAUUGCAAAAGUACAAGGAAAGAAUGUUGGUAUUCCUGUGUGUGGAGGAGCUGCAACUUCUAAAUCGCCAUGGAAUGCACCUGAACUUUUUGAUCUUUCUCUUCUGGAGGGUGAAUCUCUUAGAGAAUGGCUUUUCUUUGACACUCCAAGAAGGGCAUUUGAGAGUGGCAACCGGAAGCAAAGGUCAUUGCCAGAUUACAAUGGUCGUGGGUGGCAUGAAUCAAGGAAGCAGGUGAUGAAAGAUUUUGCAGGUCUGAAGAGGUCCUAUUACAUGGACCCACAACCAUCAAGCAGCCAUGAGUGGCAUCUUUUCGAGUAUGAGAUCAAUGCUUCUGAUGCUCUAGCGUUAUACCGUCUUGAGUACAAGUCUUCUGACUCCAAAAAGGGUGCCAAAUCAAAACUUGCCAGUAGUUCACUGACUGAAAUCCAGCAGCAAAUGGUCAGGCUGACCGCAGAUAGUCCUGUGGAAAACAAACGGACUGCUAGGAGCAAGCCAAAGGCUAAUCAUAAGGAUACCAAUGCAAAGGCUUUUGCACAUGUUAACACCCCCAGUCAAGUUAAUUCUUCAAAUGCUUAUCAAGCAGCGCCGCAGGUGAACCAAAUGACAUUUCUGAAUGAGAAUGUCGUCUAUGGACCUCAUCUUCCGCAUUCUGAAAAUGUCGUCUAUGGACCUCAUCUUCCGCAUUCUGAAAACAUUGUCUAUGGACCUCAUCUUCCCCAUGGAUACUCAGCCGAGGGAAGCAGUUACUUUUGGAACCCAAGGGACGGGACUUGAAGAUAGGCCAUAAUGCAGCUGCUUAAACAUUGUUCGGCACCUGUCAAGCGCAAACUCUAACAGCAUCUGGGGCCCAACUGGGUGCCCCUUCACCUCUUCUAAUUGUAAUUGGUUGGUCCUGCUGGGGUCUCUGGUGGCCGGUGUGUUUGAAACGGUGAUAUACUUUUGCAUUAACUGUGAUUGUAAAUUAUAGUCUGGUGUCCUAGCUGCCAAUCUGAGUGUAAGAUAAAUAGUCUGCUGUACCAUUUGCUGCAUGGGUUAGGUUUCUGACCCCAAGUUUCUUCAAGCCGUUUUGAGUUUCGAAUA